ACUUGAAAAUUCUAACUUCAGUAAGUUCUUUCAAGUACUACAUACUAGGUUAGUAGGAAAAUUCCUCUCGCAUUUUACUGCAUUUUGCAAUAAUUAUAAUAAAAUAUAAAAGACUCAGUUUAAAAAAAAAAACCUCACUUUGCAUUCAUAUACUUCGAACUUAAAAGUAGUUAAGCAUUCUUAUCAAUAAGACAAAAUAAAAAGUAGCAUUGUUUGUUGCUUAUCAAAUGUGUUAGUGUUGCCGUUGUUUGUAUAAAUACUUAUUGUACUGAAUAAAGUAUUAAAAAUACUACCACGAAAAUGAGUAUCGACGGCAGUCUUACCAGACAAUCAGAAAAUGCAAUUUUUGUUCAACUUUUAUCAAAUUAUCGAAAUAUGUUUCGUAGACCAACAUCCAGAAAUGAACUUGCCAAACAAGAAUAUUCACGUAAUUGUUUGACCAUGAGAUUUAACGAAAUGUGCAAAACAAAUUUAUCAGUUAAACAAAUUUCAAGGAAACUCAACAAUUUAAAAGCUAGAUUAAAGGAAAAGAAUUCUAAAAGUUUGCAUGGCGACAAAAGUUUAGAAUUUCACGAUUGGGAAAUAUUGUUCUUGAAUUUAUGGACAGGAAAAAGUAGUUCACACUGGGAAUGCAAUGUUGAUGAAAAUGAAGACGCAGACAUAGAUUUCCAUCCCGAAUAUAAGCAUAAUUCAUCAGAUAAACUAAUAACAAAUUCACCAAAUCCAAUACUUGAUCCUUCAGAUAUAACUGAAAUAAAAAUUGAACCUGACUUCAGAUUAUCCAAAGAUGAAGAUGAUAUAGCAAGUGUUUCCGAUAUAUCAGGUACACCACAAUGGAACAUUGAUAACAAUCCAAUUGAACUACAAUCAGAAUCAAAAAUUAUCAAUGUUAGUAAAGAGGAUGUUGAAUAUGAAAAAAUGUCACUUGAAGAAUUAGAACGUUGUGUUCUAAUUUCUGAAGCAAAAAUGUUAAAAGCUCAAGAAGAUCUUUCUCGAGCUAAGGAAAAAAUAAGUUUAUACAAGUUGAAGAUUUUAAAACGUAAACAUGGAAUCAAAGACAAUAAGGAACGGACUACAAUGCACCAAGUAAGACGGUUUCAAGAAAAAAGAAAAGGCAAACCUUCACUCACAACACCAAGUCAUAUAGAAAGUCAAAGCCCAUUGGUAUAAGAACCAAUAACUUAUUAUUUAAAACGGUUGUAUACCUUCCUUAUAAACAAUACAUACAAAAUUUAAUCAUUGUUUUCUCCUAGUCUUUAUCACAGUAUUCAUUAAUGAAAACGAAACUAUUAUUAUUAUAAUGUUCUUAAAAUUUUAGACAUAAG